AAACAUUUGAACGCUUCUCUUUCCGGCGAAUUGACAGGUCAGCUUCAAGCCACUUUUUAGCUUCUCGAGUAGAGUAUUUAGUUUUAUUUUGUGUUAUCAUUUAAUUUGAUUAUUAAAAUGUAUAUGUUUAUAGACGCAAUAGAGCUAUUAGAUGAAUUAUAAGUGCACUUACAGUGUUACAUAAACUAGCGCUCGGCGGUCCCGAUGCAUACAACGACAUAAUACGUCAGUGAAUAAAUGGUGGCUAGAUAAUGGAUGUGGAUGCGCCGAACAUAUUGAAGCGGUGCAGCAGCGCACCGUUGAUCAAUGAGGUGGCAUCGACGGCUGCGACAUCGCCCACGACAACUACAACGCCUAGGAGUACGUCGAUCUUCAGCAGCUUCAGCAUGUUCUCCAACAACAACCUGAAUCUGCGCACGCGGCGGCACAGCGGCAGCUUCAGCCCUUUAGCCACGCCACAUAGCCCCAAUAAUUGCUGGGGUCCUCGCGCGCCGCGCGUCAACCAACUGCGCCUCGAGGAGUGCGCCGACGUCAGCAACACGCGGGAGGUCGCUCACGAGAGAGAGGUUCACUCCGCCAUGCAACUUGGCCAGUCUUGUGAGGACCUCACGCUGCCAGGCUUGUCCAACUCACCCACUAGAGUCACCAGGUUACCUCAAGUGGUAUCCCCGUCCCCCACGCGCAAGUACAUGACGCGCCGGAGCCUGUCGCCCAUCGCCAUCCGCGCCUCCAGCUUCAGCCCCGUCACGCUGCGCAAGCGCCGCGGCGACGAGCCCGACUCCCCCCUCCCCAAGCGCAUGUGCGACCGCCUCACCCCCUCCACGCCCGGCACGCCCGGCACACCAGGCACGCCAGGCACCCCCGGCACGCCAGAUUCAGACUCGCUGGAGUGCACGUUCCGGCCGGUGUCGCCGCGCGCGCCCAUGGGCGAGAAUCAUAAGAGUGAGAACACUAGCUAAUAGAUCGUGGGGGCCUGGUGUACGGAAUGCGAGACUCGCCCGGCGUGUUUCCAGACGUUGAAACUUGAAAAACAAAACGUAACUACUAAUAUAUUGGAAUGUUUUUCUGAAAAGUAAAUAUAGUGUAAAGACUAGCCAAUUUCUAGUAUUUUAUAGCAAACCAUAUUCUAUUGCUAAAUUAAUGUAAUGGAAACAUGCUGGGUUUUAUGCAUCAUAUUCAAUGCAAACGUAUGAACCGAUUAUAAAAAAUACAUGAUGUACCUAUUGUUGAUUUGUGAAUCUUGGCACAAUCGCCGUCAGAUACGUCGGAGCGGCCGAGGUGUUCAAAAAUAUCUGAACACCCACUUGACAAUAGAGGCGUGUCCAGAUAUUUUUGAGCACCUUAACCGCUCGGAUAUAUCUGAUGGCGACUGUAACAUAACAUCUCUGAUUUGAAAUAUACUUAUCUCGAUUUUGCAAUGUUUUAAUUAUAAUUACAAUACAUUACAAUUAAAAAAAGUUUCUGAUUGGUUCGUACUUGCAUGAAUGUUUGCAUAAAUUCGUCAAAUUUCGUAAAUUCAGGCGGUGGUAAGGUGUAAUAUUGUAUGGGGUUCUACGCGUUUAUCCAAUGUUUGUAGGCUAGGACGGCGUAUCCUAGGGAGACGGCGUCAUUGUGGGGGCAUAGACAAAUUGAUUUCUUUAGGUUUCAGUUUGAUUUGGUUUCUGGGUUUUCUACGUAGUUACUUCUGGUACGGGCUGUUCAAAAACUGAAGUUUAAGUCAAUAAUUUAAUUACAGUACCAUUUUAUACCUUGUCACAGUGAUAAUAGUAAUUAUGAGGUCCCUAGCGACUUUCAUAUUGAUUAUCACCGUGACAAGGCACGAAAUGUACCAUGUCAACCUUUUGAAAGACAGACGGUGAAGGUAUAUGCCGUGCCCGGACGCCAGGCGAUCGCCAUUAUUUAAGCGAAAUUGAACUUUACGGAGUCCUGCGUAAGUCCCUAUUGCAUCGGCGAAGCUGACGGCUGUAGCCGUCGUUGGCGUCCGUGGCAAGACGGCCACAGCCGUCUGUGGCUGUCAAAAGGUUAAUGAUCCUUCAGAGAGUGAUUUUCUUUUAUAUGUAGAAUGGAAAAUCAUAUAUUUGCUAAUAUUUUGUUUUUAAUUGUUCUAUUCUAAAUUGUUUCUCUUGUUUGUCUAGAUGUGUAAGCCCCCACGAUAGCGUAGUCCCCCAAUAAUUAUCUAGGAAAUGUAAAAGUAGCUUUUAGGAAAAACGGGAGCCCUAAAUAGCCAAAGCAUCCAAAACUUUACUGUAUAUAGUUAGCCGCGUUGCUAUAUUGAACGCUCUGUAUAUAAUUUAUUGUAAGUAUUAGCUGUUAUGUUCAAGUAUUUCGAAGUCCGUAGGUCGAUUCGAAUAGUUUUUGUUUAUUUCCAUACAGGGAUCAGAG